UCGUUCUCAUUCUCAUUCGGUCUCUUGAAGGAAUCGCACGUAUUCUGAAUACCGCGGAAAGCAAAGCAAUCACAAUCCCAAUAAAAAUCGAAGUGGCAGUGCUGAAAGCAAGUGGUAGAUUGAAAAAGUGAAAAACUCUCAAGUUCUUGGUUUUUGUGGAAAGCGCAAAAUUCGGAAAACUGUGCACAGUGGAGCGGUGUAUCAGCGAUUUAAAAAAAGCAACAAAUAAAAAAACUGUAUCAAGUGUGCUAAUUAAAGCUGAAAAAGUACUGUUAUUCGGUUAACUGUGAAACUGUAAACGGUGUGAACACGCAAAUCUCAAAGCCAUAAACUAAAAACCAGAAACUAGAAACUAGAAACUAGAAACCGAGUGAAAAUCAAAUUAGAUCGCGAGAGACUUUCAGCAAGUGCAACGGUAACAACAUAUAAUGGCACCAACAAUCACUGACAAUUGCGAAUUUGAAUGUGCAACUGCAACUGUUGAGGCAACAACAACUUCGAUUAGCGGCGAUUUCGAUUUUGAAAAUUCUGCGGCAGCCAUCAUCGGCAGUGACAGCGGCAACGGCAGCAACUUCGAAUCGAAUGAAUUGCAUUUGAACGGCCAGCAGGAUCAUCAGGAUCAGAAUGUCCAGCAGGAUGAGGAGCAGGGACAGCAGCAGAAGCAGAUGCCAUGGGAGGCACCUGGUAAACAGGGACUGUACGAUCCCCAGAACGAGCACGAGGCCUGUGGUGUCGGUUUCAUCGUGGCCAUCGAUGGAAAGCGCUCUCACAAGAUUCUACGUGAUGCCCAGACCCUCUCAGAACGGAUGAAUCAUCGCGGUGCCUGUGCCUGCGACAAUGACACUGGUGAUGGUGCUGGCGUUUUGGCUUCCAUUCCUCACGGACUCUAUGCCAAGGCCCUAGCCAAGCAGGGUGUAACCUUGCCGGAAUUGGGUGACUAUGCCACGGGCAUCUUCUACCUGGAUGAGGCGCAGCACGCCGCCGCCGAGAAGGAGUUCGAUGCUCUGGCCAAGAGCCUGGGUCUCGAUGUGAUCGCCUGGCGCACGGUUCCAGCCAACCAGGCGGCCAUUGGUGGGGUGGCCCGCAAAUCGGAGCCCCUGUCCCGUCAGGUGUUUGUCCGUCGGCCGGCCGGAAGCGACGAAAAGUCCUUCGAACGGCAGGUUUUCGUCCUGCGAAAGAGGGCCAGCCACGAGCUGACCAAGCCAGGCAGGCGCUUCUACAUCUGCUCGAUGUCCGACCGCACGGUGGUGUACAAGGGUCUGUUCACCUCCGACCAGUUGUGGGAGUAUUACACGGACCUCAAGGACCCGGAGUUCGAGACGUACCUGGCCCUGGUCCACACGCGCUUCUCCACCAACACCUUCCCCAGCUGGGAGCGCGCCCAUCCUCUGCGAGUCCUGGCCCACAACGGUGAGAUCAACACUCUCCGGGGCAACGUGAACCUGAUGAAGGCCCGUGAGGGUGUGAUGCAGUCCGAUCUAUUCGGAGAUCAGCUGAAGAAGCUCUACCCUGUGGUGGAACCGAAUCUCUCCGACUCGGGCAGCUUCGACUGUGUCCUGGAGUUCAUCACCAUGGCCAGCGAGCGUUCGCUCCCGGAAUCAGUGAUGACCAUGGUGCCGGAGGCGUGGCAGAACGACAAGACCAUGCCGCAGGAGAAGCGCGACUUCUACCAGUGGGCCGCCUGUGUGAUGGAGCCCUGGGACGGACCGGCCCUGAUCAGCUUCACCGACGGCCGAUACAUCGGUGCCGUGCUGGACCGGAACGGCCUGCGUCCGUCGCGCUUCUAUGUCACCAAGGAGAACGUGCUGGUCAUGGCCUCCGAGGUGGGAGUGUACGACGUCGACCCCUCGCAGGUGACUCUGAAGAGCCGCUUGAAGCCCGGCCGGAUGCUGCUGGUGGACACCAAGGAGCAGAAGCUCAUCCAGGACAUUGAGCUGAAGUCGCAGAUAGCCAAGUCGAGGCCCCAUUCCGAGUGGCUGCAGCAGAAGAUGAUCACUCUGGACGAGAUUCGCAAUGCGAAUGUCCUGAACACUCCUCCCGUGGAUGAGCUGGCCAAGCUGCCCGCCUCUCAGCGGGGCAUCUUCGAUCCAAGGCUCUCGCUCUUCGGCUACACUACGGAAACGGUCAACAUGCUACUCAUUCCGAUGUUCAAGAACAAGAAGGAAGCCCUGGGCUCCAUGGGCAACGAUGCCCCAUUGGCCUGUCUGUCGACCUUCCAGCCGAUCCCGUACGAGUAUUUCAAGCAACUGUUCGCCCAGGUGACCAAUCCGCCCAUCGAUCCAUUCCGCGAGAAGGUGGUCAUGUCGAUGCAGUGCCCCAUCGGACCGGAGGCCAAUAUCCUCCAGCCGUCGGCGCAGCAGGUGCACCGCAUUUGGCUGCCCAAUCCCAUACUGAGCAUUCCAGACACCCAGCUGCUCAAGCGGAACACGCACCGCGGCUGGAAAACCAAAGUCCUGGACAUCACAUUCCAGUUCAACGAGGGCGUCCAGGGCUACCUGGACUGCAUCGAUCGUGUGUGUCGCGAAGGUGCUGCGGCCGCCCAGGCCGGCUACCAGCUCCUGGUGGUCUCCGAUCGUGGGGCAGGAACCGGUGGCAAGGUGGCUGUUUCCGCCCUGCUUGCCCUGGGUGCACUGCAUCACCACUUGAUCGAGACGCUGCAGCGCAUGAAGGUCGGUAUUGUGGUGGAGACGGCCGAGGCCCGAGAGGUCCAUCACAUUUGCGUCCUCCUCGGCUACGGAGCGGAUGCCAUUUGUCCGUAUUUGGCCUUCGAACUGGCCCAGGCGCUGAGGGACGACGGCGUCAUUGGUCCGGAGGUGAACGACAAGCAGAUCUAUGCCGCCUACGCCCAGGCCAUUGAUACAGGCAUUGCCAAGGUGAUGGCCAAAAUGGGCAUCAGUACCCUGCAGUCCUACAAGAGCGCCCAGAUCUUCGAGGCCGUCGGCUUGGGUACCGAACUGGUCGCCAAGUGCUUCCGCGGCACCCAGAGUCGCAUCGGCGGCGUUACCCUGGAAAUCCUAGCCAAGGAGGGGCUGGACCGCUACCAGCUGACCUAUGGCAAGACCUCGCCGGACACUCGCAUCCUGCGGAACCCAGGACAGUACCACUGGCGUCACGGUGGCGAGGCUCACAUCAACGAGCCCUCCUCCAUUGGCAGUCUGCAGGAAGCGGCGGUCAACAAGAACCUCGACGCUUUCGAGGCCUUCAAGAAGACCACCCUGGACAGCGUGAAGAAGUGCGCCCUGCGUGGCCAGUUGGAGUUCGUGACCGACCGCCAGAAGAUUGAUAUUUCCGAGGUGGAGCCGGCCAGCGAGAUUGUCAAGCGAUUUGCCACUGGAGCCAUGAGCUUUGGCAGCAUCUCCCUGGAGGCCCAUCAGACUCUAUCCAUUACCAUGAACCGUAUUGGCGGCAAGAGCAACACCGGAGAAGGUGGCGAGGACUCCGAUCGUUAUUUGAAUCAGGAUCCCAACAACAGCCGUCGUUCGGCCAUCAAGCAGGUGGCUUCCGGUCGCUUUGGUGUCACGGCCUCCUACCUGGCCAAUGCCGAUGAUCUGCAGAUCAAGAUGGCCCAGGGCGCCAAGCCCGGAGAGGGCGGCGAGCUGCCCGGCUACAAGGUCACCAAGGACAUUGCCAAGACCCGUAAAUCCGUGCCGGGUGUGGGUCUGAUUUCGCCACCACCCCAUCACGAUAUCUACUCGAUCGAGGACUUGGCUGAGCUGAUCUACGAUCUGAAGUGCUCGAACCCCAAUGCCCGGAUCAGUGUCAAGCUGGUGUCCGAAGUGGGUGUUGGUGUUGUGGCUUCCGGAGUGGCCAAGGGCAAAGCCGAACACAUUGUAAUUUCGGGACAUGAUGGCGGUACUGGAGCCAGCUCAUGGACUGGCAUUAAGAACGCCGGAUUACCGUGGGAGCUGGGUGUGGCCGAAACCCACCAGGUGCUGGUGUUGAACAAUCUCCGAUCACGAGUGAUUGUCCAAGCCGAUGGACAGCUGCGUACAGGAUUCGAUGUGGUGGUCGCUGCUCUGCUGGGUGCCGAUGAGUUUGGAUUCAGUACAGCUCCUCUUAUUGUGAUGGGCUGCACCAUGAUGCGCAAGUGUCACCUGAACACUUGUCCAGUGGGCAUUGCCACCCAGGAUCCAGUGCUGCGCAAGAAGUUCACUGGCAAACCGGAGCAUGUCAUCAACUUCUUCUUCAUGUUGGCGGAGGACAUCCGUAAAAUCAUGGCUGGCUUGGGCAUCCGCAAGUUCCAGGAUCUCAUUGGUCGCACCGACUUCCUUCGCAUUGCCAGCCAACGCGAGGCCAAGGCCAGCAACCUGGACCUGAAGCUGCUCCUGCAGCCGGCUUUAGAGCUCCGCCCUGGAACCAACAUCGUUGGUGGCUCCGUCAAGCAGGACUUCCAGUUGGAGAAGCGUUCCGACAACCAACUUAUCGCCAAGGCUCAGCAAAUCUUCAGCGGAGCCGACGACAACGUUACCGUCAAGAUGCGCAUCCACAACGAGGAGAGGGCCUUUGGAUCCACCCUGAGCUACCACAUUGCAUGCAAAUAUGGAGAAGCUGGUCUGCCCUCGGGCAAAAGCAUCGACAUCUUCCUGGAGGGCUCCGCCGGCCAGAGCUUCUGCGCCUUCCUGGCCCGUGGCGUGAACGUGACCCUCAAGGGCGAUGCCAACGAUUAUGUCGGCAAGGGCCUGUGCGGAGGCAAUGUGGUCAUCACUCCCCCGGACACCGCUCCCUUCGAAUCGCACCUGAACGUCAUUGUGGGCAACGUCUGCCUUUACGGAGCCACCGAGGGAACCGCCUACUUCCGCGGUAUUGCCGCCGAGCGCUUCUGCGUGAGGAACUCCGGCGUCACGGCCGUGGUAGAAGGUGUGGGUGACCACGGUUGCGAGUACAUGACUGGAGGACUAGUGGUCAUCCUGGGUCUGACUGGACGUAACUUUGCCGCCGGCAUGUCGGGAGGUAUUGCCUAUGUCUACGACAUCGAUGGCUCCUUCAAGCCCAAAGUAAAUCCGGAGAGUGUGGAGCUGCUGCCGCUCGAGAGCGACAAGGAUGUGCAGCUGGUGAAGACGCUGCUGGCUGACUUUAUCGAGAAAACCGGGUCCAAGGUAGCCAAGGAGUUGCUUGCCAACUGGGCCCUGGCCCAGUCCAAGUUCGUCAAGGUCUUCCCUUACGAAUACCAAAAGGCUUUGAAGGAUCUGGCCGAACAGGAGGCCGUUGAGCAACCGCUGAAGACCUCAGCCAUCGAAAAUGGAAACGGCAAGCACGAGCCGCACAUCAAGGACAUCGAAGAGGCCAUCCAGGACGUGGCACUGGAGCAGAAGCGUGCCGAGCGAGUGCUGGACAAGACCCGUGGUUUCGUCAAGUACAAGAGGGAGUCGGCUCCCUACCGCGAUGCCGGGGACCGUCAGAAGGAUUGGGACGAGGUCUACAACUUCCCGCACGUGCGCAAGAACCUAAAGGUCCAGGCCGCUCGCUGCAUGGAGUGCGGUGUUCCGUUCUGCCAAUCCAACUCCACUGGCUGUCCGCUGGGCAACAUCAUUCCCAAGUGGAACGACCUCGUCUUCCACGGCGAGUGGCAGGAGGCUCUGCGCCAGCUGCUGCAGACCAAUAACUUCCCGGAGUUCACGGGCCGUGUGUGCCCGGCUCCUUGCGAGGGUUCCUGUGUGCUGGGCAUUUCCGAACCGGCUGUGACCAUCAAGAACAUCGAGUGCGCCAUCAUCGACCAUGCCUUCGAGCAGGGCUGGAUCAAGCCGGAGAUACCCGAGGUGCGCACCGGCAAGCGGGUGGCCAUUGUGGGAUCCGGUCCCUCCGGCCUUGCUGCCUCCCAGCAGCUGAACCGCGCCGGGCACUUUGUCACGGUCUUCGAGCGCAACGACCGCGUUGGCGGUCUCCUGCAAUACGGCAUUCCUACGAUGAAACUGUCCAAGGAGGUGGUCAAGCGGCGGGUGGACCUCAUGGCGGACGAGGGCAUUGAGUUCCGCACAAACGUACAUGUGGGCAAGGACCUUAAGGCGGAGCAGCUGCUGAACGAAUAUGAUGCCGUCUUGCUGACCACUGGAUCCACCUGGCCGCGUGACUUGCCAUUGGCGAACCGCGAUCUCAAGGGCAUCCACUUCGCCAUGGAGUUCCUCGAGGCCCAGCAGAAGAAGCAGCUGGGCGGCAAGCAGGACAUCAUCUCGGCGGCGGGCAAGGAUGUGAUCAUAAUCGGAGGCGGCGACACUGGCUGCGAUUGCAUUGCCACCUCGCUGCGUCAGGGCGCCAAGAGCAUCACUACCUUUGAGAUUCUCCCAGAACCGCCACAGAAGCGCGCCGAGGACAAUCCAUGGCCCCAGUGGCCAAAGGUCUUCCGCGUCGAUUAUGGCCACGAGGAGGUGAAACUGAAGUGGGGAAAGGACCCUCGCCAGUACUGCACCACCACCAAGGAGUUCAUCGGCGAGAACGGCACCAUUAAGGGCGUCAACACCGUUGAGGUGGAGUGGACCAAGACGGAGACGGGUCAGUGGCGUAUGCAGGAAGUGGCUGGUUCCGAGAAAUACUUCCCUGCCGAUCUGAUCCUGCUGGCCAUGGGCUUCCUGGGACCCGAGAAGACAGUGCCCGGCGAGCUCGGCCUGGAUCUUGAUCCGCGCGGAAACAUCAAGGCCUGCAACGGACAGUAUGGCACCUCGAACUCCAAGGUCUUCGCGGCAGGAGAUUGCCGGCGUGGCCAGUCGCUGGUCGUCUGGGCCAUAACCGAAGGUCGUCAGGCUGCCCGCCAGGUGGACUCCUAUCUGACCGGCCGACCCAGUGGGCUACCAGGACCCGGCGGUGUUGUCGGGACAUCCUAAGCUGGAUAGCCGAUAAACCCGAGCAGCUAUUAUCAAGUUUUGUGUGCGUGCAUCGUCCUUAGCCCAUAGAGCGAACUUCUUUACCGAUUUGCAAUUUUGUGAUUUUUAUUUUCGCGAUUUUAGUUUAGUUUACACUAAAAAAAAAAGACUUGAGUUUUUUUUUACACACCAAACCAAAAAAAUAACGAAACACCUUUCAUUUAGUUUUAUUUUCAUCGCAAGGCUGGGAAUUAAAGUUUGUUUUCUAUUUUUUUUUGGUUUCAUCGGUGAGUCGAAAUGCCCUCCAUAGGAUGAUGCUGCGGCAGAAGUCAAUUAAGAGUGCAAAAAAGUGCUGAUGGCAGCCAAUCGAAUACUUCUAUAUACAUGAACUUAUAUCUUUAAAGAAUUUGAAUAUCCAACCAAGAAAAAUCUAAGGACAAUAACUAGAAAUUUACCGUUAUCGUUAAAGCGAAAAAAAAUUAAAAAUUAAUUAACUGAACAUA